GGAAAUUAUUUCCGUAACAGUGAGUGUGCGCGUGUGACUGACUAUAUAGCAAUAGCAUACACCCUUCUUCCUCUCUUUCUUUCUUUCUUUCUUUCCCUCUUCUCCUCAUCAAAACCCUAAUUUUCCAACGCACCGAUCCCCAAUCCUCACUCACCCAAAGAAAAAAAGAUGAGUAGGCGUACGAGCAGAACCGUCUACGUUGGAAAUCUACCUGGUGAUAUCCGUGAAAGAGAAGUUGAAGAUUUGUUCUAUAAGUAUGGAAACAUAACUCAUAUUGACCUAAAGGUUCCGCCAAGGCCUCCUGGCUAUGCAUUUGUAGAGUUUGAAGACACUCAAGAUGCUGAGGAUGCAAUUCGUGGGCGCGAUGGUUAUGAUUUUGAUGGUCACCGUUUACGGGUGGAGCUUGCUCAUGGUGGACGUGGUAAUUCAUCUUCAAGAGAUCGAUAUAGUAGUCAUAGCAGUGGUCGUGGUGGACGUGGAGUGUCCAGGCGCUCUGAAUAUCGUGUUCUAGUCUCUGGGUUGCCCUCUUCUGCAUCCUGGCAGGAUCUUAAGGAUCACAUGCGAAAAGCAGGGGAUGUAUGCUUUUCCCAAGUUUUUCAUGAUGGCAGGGGUACUACUGGAAUUGUGGAUUACACCAACCAUGAUGAUAUGAAAUAUGCUGUCAAGAAGCUUGAUGACUCUGAGUUCCGAAAUGCAUUUUCCCGGGGUUAUGUUCGUGUGAGGCAAUAUGAUUCGAGGCGGGACUCCAGAAGUCCUAGUGGUGGCCCAUCUCAUUCUAGAGGAAGAAGCUAUAGCCGCAGCCGUAGCCGUAGUCGUAGUUAUAGUCGGGGCCGAAGCGAAAGCAAAUCUCCAAAGGGUAAAUCUUCACCGCGUUCGCCUGCUAAAUCUCCAGCAAAAUCUGCUUCUCGCUCAAGAUCAAGGUCCCGCUCUUUAUCAGGAUCACGGUCAAGGUCCAAGUCUCCAUUGCCAUUGCGUAACAAAAGCCCCAAGAGGUGCAGUGCAAGCCCCAUAAGACGCAGUGCUAGCCCCAAAAGACGCAGUCCUAGCCCCAAAAGGCGCAGUGCUAGCAGGAGUCCAAGUAGGAGCAGGAGCAGGAGCAAGAGUUUGUCCAGGUGAGCUCUGAUUUGGCAAUUGAUGAAGUUGAGGAGGAUGAUGAGUGCUACAUAGUCUUUCUAUUGAAUUUACCUUAGCCUAGAAAGAACACCUAUUUGGGUUGAAGUUGUUUGAACUUUGAACUCCUUUGAAUUGAACUGUAGACUUGUGCCAUUGUGCGUCUUAGCUGCUAUUGAGGAUUUGAUGGAACUUAAUUUAUGUAGUAGACUAUUGGAUGUCAAACUUACAUUGGUUCCUUAUGGCCGGUUUAUUUGAUAACUGUCAUUUGGUA